CCUCCCGUCUCUGCCUUCAGCGCCAUGAGCAUGACAAUUCUUGCCUGCUGCUGUGCCUAGCUUCGUUUUCUACACCUUUAUGAGGUCUCUGGUGCUCUGGGUUGUCUACCUCCCCGUGCCCUCGGCUAUAAAAACACCACCCCCAUUGCUUCCUUUACUCCGCAUACUUCCUCUCCUACCGUCUUCUUGAUUGAGAUACUCCCAUACCUGCCCGCGCUUUCGCCCAACCUCUCGUCAACCAACACGCAAGAUGGCGGCCGAGCCCGUGUCUAAUGGGUCUGGGGCCAACAAAAAGAAGGUUGCUUACUUCUACGACUCUGAUGUGGGCAAUUACGCCUAUGUUUCUGGCCACCCGAUGAAGCCUCAUCGCAUUCGCAUGACCCACAGCUUGGUCAUGAACUACGGCCUGUACAAGAAGAUGGAGAUCUACCGUGCGAAGCCAGCUUCGAAGUACGAGAUGACCCAGUUCCACACCGAUGAAUACAUCGAUUUCCUAUCAAAAGUGACGCCCGACAACAUGGAUCAGUUCUCAAAGGAGCAAAGUCGUUACAACGUCGGUGACGACUGCCCGGUGUUCGACGGUCUCUUCGAAUUCUGCGGUAUCAGUGCUGGUGGUUCUAUGGAGGGCGCCGCCCGGUUAAACCGAGGGAAGUGCGAUGUUGCUGUCAACUGGGCUGGUGGUCUUCAUCACGCAAAGAAGAGUGAAGCCAGUGGUUUCUGCUACGUUAAUGACAUCGUCCUCGGUAUCCUCGAGCUGCUCCGGUUCAAGCAGCGCGUUCUCUACGUUGACAUCGACGUUCACCAUGGUGACGGUGUCGAAGAAGCAUUCUACACCACGGACCGCGUCAUGACUGUCUCGUUCCACAAGUACGGCGAGUACUUCCCCGGUACUGGUGAACUUCGUGAUAUCGGUGUCGGCUCGGGCAAGUACUACGCCGUCAAUUUCCCCCUCCGUGACGGCAUCAACGAUGCUUCCUACCAGAGCAUCUUCGAGCCCGUGAUCAAGAGCGUCAUGGAGUGGUACCGUCCGGAGGCGGUUGUCCUCCAGUGCGGUGGCGAUAGUUUGUCGGGCGACCGUCUCGGUUGCUUCAACCUCAGUAUGCGCGGGCAUGCCAACUGCGUGAACUUCAUCAAGAGUUUCGACUUGCCGACUCUGAUUCUCGGAGGUGGUGGUUACACUAUGCGCAACGUCGCACGCACUUGGGCCUACGAAACUGGUAUCCUGGUUGGAGAUAACCUUGACUCUGAGUUGCCCUACAAUGACUACUAUGAGUACUUUGCCCCCGAUUACGAGCUGGAUGUCCGUCCCUCGAACAUGGAUAAUGCCAACACGAAGGAUUAUCUGGACAAGAUUCGCAACCAGGUCGUAGAGAAUCUCAAGCGCACAGCUUUUGCCCCGUCUGUUCAGAUGACGGAUGUCCCUCGUAACCCGAUCCUUGAUGGUAUGGAUGACGACGCUGACGAUGUCCUGGACGACCUGGAUGAAGACGAGAACAAGGACAAGCGAUUCACCCAGCGCCGGUUCGACCAGUACGUGGAGAAGCCCGGUGAACUCAGCGACAGCGAGGAUGAGGAAGAGAAUGCCGCCAAUGGCGUUCGCCGCCAGCCCGGUGUUAUUCGUCGCCGGAACCAAGCCAACUACAGGAAUAUUGAUGCCGCAGACUCCGGUCUCGACAGCGGCAUGGCUACUCCGCUGGACGCAUCCUCGAUCGCCGACAAUGAAAUAGAUGCCGCUCUGGACGCAGGGUUGACAGACGUCCCAAUGACCGAAUCGGGCGCUGUUACCGGCGCCGAAGGCCAGGAUACUCCCAUGGCAGACUCCGAACGGAUGGUUGUCGAGGGGGAGGAUAAGGGUACUUCGGCUGCCGUGUCUCAGCAAACUUCCCCUCCCACGCAAGAUGAGGACACCGCCAUGGAAGAUGCCAGUGCAGUUGCCGAAGAGGCUGAGUUACCAGAAGCUCUCGAUGCACAGGAUGAAAAGAAGCCCGAGGUGACAUCUGCCACUGAGGAGACAACCAACGCACCCCCGUCUCCCUCUGAGGUACAGCCGGUGUCGGAGGCGUCUUCCAUUCCCGCCGCCGAUACUUCUGCGCCAGAUGCUGCGCCCGUUGGCGAAUCCGAGAAUGCGAAGUCAGCCUCGGGAGUGGCUACUGAUGAGUCGACAAAGAAGGAGGAGUGAACAUUCUGUGAUACAAAGACAUCAACAGUGGGUCUAGGCGCAACGGACAAUGGGCAGAAAGGUGUUAUCGGUUUGUCAGCAUGCACGUAUCGUGUUCGGCCGUGGAGGCAUCGUCAAGUCUUUCAUCAUACAUGAAUGGCGGAAAGCCCUGAUAUGGAUGUCGAUGAGUCCGUCUCUUUGGUCGAAUGUGAUCAGAUAGAUUCAUGAGGCUCAUACCCGAUACUUUCCUGGAGUACGUCGAUCUGAAUGGCUCGGAAGGAAUCGGGUUUAGUCUCUUUAAUCG